AUGCCGCAGUCGCUAGAAACCGAUCUCGAUCGCGCACCAGAACUCGAGCCUCAUAUGGAACUGCGAAGAGACCGCUUGCAUGGAGCCUCAGUUGCCCCGGUAUCCAGUACGGAGCGUGAACCAUCCUCUCCGCGACAGAGCUCAGAUACCAAAGAUACAUACCAACAUUCAAGCCCCUCUGUACCCCUGAAGCGCUCCAUAUACAUUGUGCCUUUGGUUCUGCUAUACGGUGGGGCCGCCCUCUAUGCGUGGGUAAUCAUUUGCAUUCUCAAAGAUCGCCCUAUAGGUGGAACAGGCUACGGCGCCACGGCAUAUGAGGAGGUCCAAAAUAAUCACACUGACGCUAUGAUGAGAUCAUAUCCGAAUGCACACUCAUACUUAGCCGCUUUGUUUACGAAGAGCGAGAGCUACCUGAGGGCGGCGCGAGUUGUUCAGUCUCUGGUGUCAGUUGUCACUAUCCCAUUGACGUCUGCUGUCUGCUCUCAAGCAGCUGUCGUUUAUCUACAACGUCGAUCAGAGGUCAGACGCCUUACUUUAAGGCAAAGCAUGGCUCUUGCGGACAAAGGAUGGACAGACAUUGCACUCUUGACCAAGCUCUUUUUUGGUGGCUGGAGUAGAUACAGAUCUUCUCUUCUCCUUUUUGCUCUUUUCCUGAACGUUCUAGGUGGUGUCAUAUCUCCAGUCCAGCAGAUCUUCCUCUCAUACGCGACAAUAAAGCGUGUUAUAUACCCAAUUGACCUUCCUAUGGUCACAGACUUCACUGAUCUCUUCCACCCCCCUUAUGACCCACAGGCCGAAGGUGACAGUGGAAAGAUAUCGACCCAGUUGAGAACAAUUUUGGCUGCAACAAGCAACACCGAGGUGCAACCCAGACUCUGGUCCAUGGAUAAUGCCACCCUUCCAAUGAACAAGUUCCCGAUCGAUACUGGGCUCUCAACACCAUUUCAAACAACGGCACAAAACACGCUCGCAAACAUUACGUCUAUAGAUCGCCCUUUUUGGGCAGAACUUCCGUCAGGUAUAAAUACCGGACUCCAGCAGCAACAAUAUGCACCACGUGUCAAUUCAACAGUGACCUGGAUGAAUAAUUCGGUGUCAAAUCUUCCGGAUGAAUGCAACUUUUCCUCCGACGCUUAUUAUAUUCGCUAUGAGUAUCACGAUAUCUUUCAGUAUAGUAUCGAGAUCUGUAUGCCAGGAAACAUGUCGCAGUCCCCGUGGAAGAAUGAAAGGGCUCGACAAGAUCUCCACGAAGAGCUCUAUCUAAAGAUGAACUUCUCCGGUGAUUACGAGGUGGAUGUUCUCCCGGGAGGACUCCCGGUCACCCCAGGAAUAUACUCCAAGAAGUUGACGCUUGACACCACAACGGGCUACUUCGAACUACCCAACUACGAGAAUGGGCAAGUCCCAGGACCACUGCUUUCAGGGAACCCAUGGGAGACUAAUAGCUCGUCGGUUGGGAUCUCCAAAAGAGAAGACUUGUCAUCUCAAUAUUACAACCCAUCGGAUUCUACCAUGAACGUUACAUAUGCUGUAAAUCGUGUGUACAACAAAGGGCCACUUCUCAACAUUGUGAUGGCGCUGUUCGGAGAGGGAUCCCUGGCUGAUAUCGAGCAUACAUCUCUUGCAGCCUACGCAAACUCGAAUACCAUAUACGAUGAAUGCAUCGCCGUCGUCCCAUUUAUCUCGCUUCUUACUACGCCAGAUUCAAUAGACGGGUCACUAUCUCACUUCGCCAGUUGUCUCCAGGGUUCUGGCUUGGUGGGCAGUCUUGGGAAUUACAGUACCAUCAACAACAACAUGACGCUGCAUGCAACAGUUGCGUGGUACUUCUGGCUCUUCUCUGGAGAGGACACAGCGCCCUAUUCAGAUCGCGUCCAGAACGCAUUUGCCUCGGCUGCAUUCUUGGCCAUUGAUACGAUCAUGAUGAACCCUUAUACGGGAUCCAAGAGCAUCAAUCUGUCUUAUGAUAUGGGGGCGGACUUGCAGAUUCCAAGCAUAUCGCGCGCCGGAGUUAUCUUCAUCUCGGUGCUUUUAGGCCUUCAUCUACUUUUCCUUCUCGCCUUGUCCCUCUAUAGUGCUUGGAUACCGCGAUGGACUGAGAAAUUAGAUUCAUUUGCCAUGUUGCGUAUCGGGGCCUCCAUCUCUGAAAAGGUUCCUUUGCUUGCAACACAGCACACUGACCGUAUCAAAGCUUUGGAUGACGCGCCUGGUUGGAUGGGUAACUCAUCUCAGAAUGAUAUCGGCGAAUUGUGUUUAGGUGGAGAACAGCAGCUCACGAAAACGAAGUACUAUCGCGGCUACGAUACCGAUCAGGGUCUCGCCAAGACAACGGCUAUAUCGGGGCUCGCCAGGAGAGACGGCUACUCAUUGGCUGGGGCUGGAGAUGAAUAG